AUGAAGCUCACCCUUGCCUUUAUCCCUCUUGUUCUCGGCGUUAGCUACACAACUGCUAUUCCCCGCCCUGUUCAAAACAGCGACCUCCUUCCGAGGGCUCAGAUUGCCCAUGACUGUCCUUCAGCCGAUUUAGACACAUGUUGCAGUUGCUCUGAUGGAAUGGGCUACUGCACCGGCGGCAAGUGCUAUUGUAGCGCUGAAAUCACCUCCGACGAUUGGUGCCAGUGGGAUUGGCUCGAGGUCGGAUCGUGA